UUAUUAAGUUAUCUAGUGAAGGAAAUGAGAUUUAAAUCUAAUUUCAUACACUAGAUAUUGACACAUAGAAGAAGAUUUUUAAAUUAUUAUGGAAUCAAGUAUAAAUAAUUCAGGAAAUAUUCCAGCUAAGAGGGAUCCUUUACAAGAUAAGUACUUGAUACCGGGUGAAGUGGAAUUUUAUAAUAGAGUUAAACGAUCGAAAGGAAGAUUCGAUAUGUCGACUUGCAAAAAUUUAUGGGAAGGAGAUGCUAUUGAGGAUCCAAUUUCAAUAUAUGAAAGUAAAAGGAUCGAAUUCUCACCCACAGACAGCGUGCAACACUUAGAAAGGAUGUAUCUACUUGGAGAGAACGUACUUGGAGUAGGGAAUAGUAAUACCCUAGCUGAUUGGGGGAAGUAUUUCGAAAAAUAUGAAGACGAGAAGACACUUUCACGUGCCAUUUCUCACGUGUCUAGUUUGGUAGAAGUUGGAGCUCGAAGGAACAAGAAGAAGAGAAGAAAGAGGAAAAGUAGAGGAAUCGAAAGCAACAACGAACCAAGGAACAUAAUGCAAAUAUUCGCACCAUCUGACGUAACCGAAAUGAUUAGCUACGGGGGAAAAAGCAAGAAGACUAAGAAGGGAAGAGGGAAGAAGAAAACAAAAAGAAGAGAGAAGAGCAAAGGAGGAAAGAAAAGUAAAAGUAAAAAAGACAUUAAAGUACCACGCGCACGAAACGUCAUGCAAAUAUUUUCCAAACCGAGCACGGAAAUCGUAUUACCAGAACCGGAUAAAGCGGUGACUAUAGAAGAACCGGUACACACUCGAGUCACGAAAGAAGAUAAAGGCGACGAAACUGUCAUACAGAUCAACACGGAAAUUAUUCCAUUUCCGGUGCCGCCGGAAGUGCCUAAAAAACGGAAGAAACGUCACUUCGUCAUAUCUUCCCGGGAGAAGUUGCUAGACGAAAUCAAUUGUUACAACAAAGCAGCCAACGUUAUUAAAGACGGAGUUUCGGAUACUUCUAUAAAUAGUACGAGCUCGUCUUUAGUUAUACAUAGAAAAUGUAAAUGUUUGCAUAAGAAAGGCAUCCCGGAAGAUGAUAAAGCACUUUUAUGGAAGCUAAUAAAGUUAGAAUGCUUAUCGACUGAAACCGAAGAAGAAGAAAUUGUAGAGAAGAUCAGGAAGGAGAGAGAGAAGAAGCCAAUAAAAGGUACAGGAAAACGGAUAAAAAUUCGAACAACCGGAAAAUCGAAUUACGAGAGGACAAUAGAAGACAACGACGAUAUAUUCCCGAAAUUUAUAUACAAAACCACUGAUAAAGUAACCAGCGAAGAGUUUGUAACGAGCGAGGAUGCGAUCUGUAUCAUCGAUCGGAAAUUAAAAAACAGGUGCAAGAAAGAAAAUGACGUAUACGAAUCGAUCACGAGGAAAAGGAAACUGAAAAAACCGGAAUUAAUUAACGAACACGGCUUAUUGGUAACGGAAUUAGAAACUCAUAAAGUAUGGCCGGCCAAUAUUUAUGAUGAGAACGUAGAUCACGACUUGACAAUAGGGAAGAUGAAGCGCGAGUUCUUUAUGGGUGACAGGAUGAUAAAGAGAUAUUGGGAGAAUGCUGUAGACAAUGGACCCCACAAAACUGCACUUAUACAGAGUUUAACAGAUGAUACAUUCGCUAAAAAUAUGAAAAAUGUAAAAAAGAAAGGCGAAGCCGUGAAGAAGAUAAAUGUGGAUACGAUUUACGAUGAGGAUUAUAAGGAGAAUACACUGAAAAUUACGACCAGCGAAAAGAAAUUACCAGUCGAGUUAGUGUUGAAUUUAAAUGAGGAAGAUAAAAACAAGACGUACAUUCAGUAUAAAUCGAAAAUUCAUUUGAAUAAACACGAAGGGGAUGUAAAGAAAUACGUACAUAUACCCGAUAUCAGGUUAAAAAAUAAGAGGAACGAAAAGGAUGAAGGUGAGAAAACUGGGAGAAGGAAAGAAGAGAAAAAUCUUACUAAAACUAAAUUCGUGAAGGUAAAAAUGCCGUGUAUAAAUGCUGGAAGGACACUACCAAGGAAGAGCACCCUGGAGCUAGUUAUAUCCAGGAGCUCGUUUGAAGAUAGUGAUGCUGAAGAAUGAUCUAGCAUCCCUUAGAAAAUUGUAUUUGAGGUGGAAAAAAAAUGGUUAUAAAACUACAAACAAUUAAAUAUAUAAAAGUUGUAACCCGUAAAAUAUCAAGUUAAUUUUAUUAUUUUUAAAAAGUUAUACAAAGUUUACGUAAUAAAAUCGUGUUUACUUAAAAUCUUUACCUAACAUUCGCUUUAAGGCAAUGAAGUAAUGCAGUCGUCUCUUGCAUCACUUUUUUAAAUCAAUAU